AUGUCGAUCAGAAAGGAUUUCACCAGCACAACGACCAGCAGUGAAGUGGUCAAGGCUUACGCAGACAAUGUCAAGGGCCGUACUUUUCUCAUAACUGGUGCUGGCACACAAUCUCUUGGAGGAGAGACAGCUAUUGCCCUUGCACGAGACGCUUCUCCCGCGCAGCUCAUCCUUCCCGGCCGUUCUAUCAAUACAAUCGGCCCAGUCAUCGAUGAGAUAAAGGAAAUCAACAAGAAUGUGAAGGUGUACUACGUCCCGCUGGACCUUAGUGAUCCCUCUUCGACCCGUCGUGCCGCGGAGGAGAUCCUCAACAACCCGGAGAUCGCAAAGAUUGAUGUUGUGAUCAACUGCGCCGGUGUCAUGGGCACUCCCUAUACCCAGACUGCCUACAAAGACAAGGACGGAAAACCACUGGAACUGCAGUUCUCAGUCAAUCACCUUGGUCACUUCCUAUUUACCAGCAUCAUCUUCGAGAAAGUGCGGAAGGCAGCACCAGGCGCAAGGAUCGUCAAUGUCACCAGCUUUGGCCAUCGGUUGAGCGGAGUCCAGUUCGAUAAUCUUGGGUUUUCGGCUGGUACCAAAUAUGACACAGUUGACGCAUAUGGCCAGUCAAAGACAGCAAAUAUCUUGAUGGCGAGAUACCUCGCGGAUAGAAUCCCGUCUAAGGAUAUCGCAACCUUUUCUGUGCACCCCGGAGGAAUUUUGGAAACACGGCUUGCGCGCCACGAGUCUGAUACGGGCUUUGUCGCACAGGCUCUAGAGAGGAUUAAGCAGAUGCCUGACGUCGAUCUUGAUCCCCUCCAGCACCUGAAGAACAUUCCCCAAGGUGCUUCAACGAUUCUUGUGGCUGCCCUCGAUCCUUCCAUUCAAUCCCAAUCUGGUGCGUAUCUGGAUGACUGCCAGAUAGGUACCGCUGCGGAGUACGCACAGAACAAGGAGAAUUCCGAGAAGCUUUGGAAGUUGAGUGAGGAGAUUGUGGGACAGAAAUUCCCCGUUUCCGCCUAAACGGUGUGUGGUAAUGUGCAUGUGUAAAUAGUUUAGCUAGCCCUUACAUGUCAAAUAGCAUAUCUCAUCUCAUCCC